AAAACAUUUUCAGGCCGCUUCGCAUCCGAGUGGUCGUAGUUUUAUCGUGAAAUCAACCAAAACAUUGUGAAAAUGAUGUAAUUGUUACAAAAAACAAGUUCUGUUACUAGUCACCGUAUUCCAAAAUGUCGUUAUCUCUGCUGAAAAACAUCUGUCGGCAGCAACAUUUUAUACAACGACAAACUCCUUUGAUCUGCGCUCGGCUGUGCCACCAGCAGCUGCCUAAGGAUGAUGGUGACAAGCAACAAGAUGGCAAGGAAAAGCUGGCCGCAAAGUACAGUCGAGAAAAUGUUAAACGGAACGUGCAAGGUUACGUCUUCUCGCGAUUUUUCGACUACGUUAAAAACUAUGACAAAGUCCUGGAGAAGAAGUUCCCAUCGGCAAUGCACGUGUACCGGGUGUUUUUGGUUGGAGUUAAAGAGUUUUUCAACGACAUGAAAAAGCUAGUCAAAAUCACAAAAAUCGUUUAUCAAAACGACAACGAUCUUCGUUGUCUUACCCGCAAGGAAAUUGAGCUGUACUAUCAGAUGCCAAGGGACAUGAAGAAGGUGGCUCCCGUUCUGCUGAUUUCGGCGCUGCCCUUUGCGAAUUAUGUGGUGUUUCCUUUGGCAUACAUGUAUCCUCGCACUUUUCUGACUGCUCAUUUCUGGUCCAUCCAGCAAAAGGGAGACUUUGCCCAGCAGGAUCUAAGGCAAAGAUUACAGUACAAUAGGAAGGUGUUUCGUUGCUUGCAGGCUAAAUUGGAUAUCUUGAAGAAGACCCAGGAUCCUCAAUACGAAAAGUUUAGUUAUAUAUUAGGUUUACUUGGCAGCGGUUUGCAUCCCACGUCGGAUGAAAUUCUGGAUGUGAAAGAUUUAUUCACGAGAGCUCCCCUUCAUCUGAGUCGUUUAUCGUCAGUGCACCUGAAGUAUCUCUGUCGGUUGCACGAUCUGCAUUCGGGCUUGAUGAGAAGAUUCCGCCUAUCGGAACGUGCCUACAUUGUGCAUCACAUAGACCUGGCGAUAAAACGGGAAGGCGGCGUCCACAACAUGUCGGUUGAGUCCCUAAAGCAGGCCUGCUUUCUGCGAGGGCUAAACGCUACCAAUUUGAGCACGGAAAACAUGGUCGACUGGCUGAACGAGUGGGUCAAAGUGUCCUUAAUCGUCGAUCAAGACAACAUUAGCCUAUUUCUGCAUCUGCCGGUACUGCUCUCAUACAAUCACCCGAACAAUUGGAUUUUGACGCAUUGAAUAGAUGGAUGCGUGAUGGUUUAUGGGCGCCCGCGAUGCCUUUUUCCGUUAUAUUUUGUUCCAAAUAAAGACAGU